AUGCAACCAAGUAGCGUUCUAGGUGCUUCUGUGACAUUACUUAUUUUCGCUGUUAUCUUCGUUUCUCUGAAAGAUUCCGUUUGUCUUAUCCAAUCAACAGAAACUCAAUCGGCAGCCAUUUUCGACCCGGAGUGUCCCAACUUCAAGGCCCAGCAAACGACCUGUAGCAAGUUAUGCGGUUUUUGCCCUUCCUGUAAUGGAUUCUACUGUGGCGAGGAGUGCAUUUGCGAGUGUCGUCAAAACGAUACCGAACACGCCCAAUGCAUACACGACAUUAAACUGAACAGCCGAGACCUUGGCCUGAAGUACGAUGUUCUAGUUCAGCAGUCCAACAACGGAAGGAUGACUCGAUUCUCCCGAAGUGCUGCGCCAAGGCAUGGCGUCCAUGAUCACCUUAAUCCGGAUGAGCUGUCCACCUUCCGGAAGGUACUGGAAAUGUUGCGGAUUCCGAUCGACAUGAGCAGCAUCUCGCUUCCCAAGGCAAGGAUGAGUCUGAAGCACCUGUCGGAAGACCAUCAUCAACACCAUCAUCAUCAUCAUCACCAGCAAAGGCAAAGGCAGCAACAGCGUCAGCCGCAUCAUCUACGCCAACGAAAUCUUCAACGGCAGCAACAACCGCAACAACCGCAACAACCGCAACAACAGCAACAGGCAUCCAUCCGAGUACAGUAA